UUUUUUGGCGAAAGGCGGUCACUGAAUUUAGUCGGCACGCUGGUCAAUCUAGCAGCAGACUCGCCCUGCGUGCGGCUCUGGAGAAGUUUCAGGAUGACACGUCCCCGCCCCGGCCCCGAUCGUCGUGUGCUCGGACUAGUGAGCUGCCCUGAGUCUACUCAGAGGGGGAGCUGCCGCCCGGAUGAGGCCUCAACCCUUUGUACGGAGAUAGAGUUGCGAUCAUGAGUGACUAUGACUACAUGGAAUCUCUGCCGUCUACGAGUAGCUCCACACGGAAAACGGCCAAACCGAAAGGGAAAUCUCCAAAAAAGGCAGUGAAAACAGAAAAGGAUGCUGAGCCGAGUGGUGACACCAAACCGAAAAACAAGAGGAAGCUUGAUGUGAAGGAUGAGAAACCCAGCUUGAAGAAACUAAAGCGGGAGCCGGCCUCGGGCGAUGCGGAGGACAUUCAGCUGGAUAUUCCCCUACUGCUAUCUCAACAGCACCACCUGGAUCUCAACGUCUCCUUCAACAUCAGCCAGCUGCUGGACGAUGACCACAAGGUGUCCUUCAUUGCGAGGUACAGGAAGGCACAGACAAACGACAUUGACCCGGAGGUUCUGCACGAGGUGGCCGCCUCCCACAGCUACCUGCACGGCCUACAGACGGCCGUGAGCAAGGCCUACAAACAGCUGAGCUCCGAGCAAAAGGUGACGCCGGAGCUCCGCCGGGCUCUCGUCUCGGUGACGAAGAAAUCCGAACUGGAGACACUGAUGGAGCCUCACAAGAAGGGCCCUCGGACCACGCUGGCGGCGCGGGCGCGCGCGGCCGGUCUGGAGCCGGCAGCCCUCUGUCUGCUGCACGGCUCGGACCGCUGUGUACCCACGGCUCUGAUCCACCCCGGCACUGAGGGUCGCCAGUCUCUGGACCAGGUGCAGGCCAGCCUCUCCAACCUGCUCUGUGACAUGAUCGGAAAGGACGUGGCGGUUCAGCAGCAGGUGGUACAAAUGGCCUCACACCCGGGAAUCCACCUCGAAUCCAAACAGAAAACCUCCAAGAACGCUCCGCCCAACGAUCAGAGCUACAAAUACCGCAACUACUUCAACUUCCGCAAGCCGGUGGGUCGGGUGCGGAGCUUCGAGUACCUGGCCAUGUGCCGCGCCGAGGACCUGAAGCUGGUCAGCGUGAGGCUGGACCUGCCAGACGCGCUGCGACAUCAGUUCACCAACUUCUGCCUCCACCGCUUCCUCAGCAGAGGGAUGUCAGACAACUAUCGAGAGUCCUCCAUACGUCAGGCGGUCGGCACCCUCUUCAGCAAGAGCGUGACGCGUCAGCUGGAGCGUCAGGUGCGCCACUCGCUGAAGGAGGCCGCCGAGCGCGAGGCGCUGGCCGUCAUGUCGAGGAACCUGAAGGCCAAGCUGCUGACGCCGCCGAUCAGGGGCCGGGUGAUUCUCGCUCUGGACCCCGGCUACCGGGCCUGUAAAGUCGCCGUGGUAUCAGCGCAGGGCGCCAUUCUGGAGACGGCCGUGCUGAACCCCCGCCUGUCCUCCCGCUGGCCGGAGGUCGGAAGGGACCCGGCGGCCGAGCAGCUGAGACGCAUCAUCGCCCAGCACGGCGUCACGCUGCUUGGGGUGGGUAAUGGCACGGCCUGCCGCGAGACGUGGCAGUACGUCUCGGAGCUGAACGGCGCCGGCGCGCUGGCCGCCGCACCCCUAGACGUCACACUCGUGGACGAGGGCGGCGCCAGUGAGUACUCGACCUCGCCGGCGGCGGCCGCCGAGAUGGCCGAGCUCGACUGCACGGUCAGGAGUGCGGUGUCACUGGCGCGGCGGCUCCAGGACCCCAUAUCGGAGCUGGUCAAGGUGGAUGUCACCUGUCUCGGCGUCGGUAUGUACCAGAAGGACAUGCCGGCUGGCCGGGUCAGCCAGGUGCUCGGUGACGUGCUCUCGGACUGUGUGGCAGCUGUCGGUGUGGACCUCAACACGGCCUCGGUGCAGCUGCUGAAGAAGGUGCCUGGACUCAACGCCGCCAGCGCCGAGAACAUUAUGGCCAAGCGGCGAGCGCAGAAGCUGUUCGUGAACCGCCAGCAGCUGCUCUCAGUGAAAGGCAUCGGACCGAAGAGCUUCGAGCAGUGCGCCGGAUUCGUCCGAGUGCUGCCCGCCACAGCUGCCAAGGCCGGAAAGAAGAGUGGCAUCACCCCGAAAAAGGGCAGCAAGGCGGCCUCCACGGCGCCGGAGCCGCUGGACCAGACGGUCAUCCACCCGGAGAGUUACCCGGUGGCCAACCGGCUGCUCCAGCUGAUUGGCUGUCCGUCGUCGGCGGUGGGCAGCCCGGAUCUGGUGAGCCGCCUGACGGAGUUCUGCGCCGCCCGGAGUCGGCCUCAGCUGGCCGAGCAGCUGGAGACCGAUAUACACACACUGGAGCUGAUCAUCAGGGCACUGUCAGAGCCAGGGUACGACGAGCGUCAGGAGCUGGCGGCGCCCAUGUUCUGGAAGGCGGCCAUGCGCGCGGGCGACCUGCGGCCCGGCGCCCGGCUCCGCGGCGUGGUGCGGAACCCCACUGAGUUCGGCGCCUUCGUCGACCUCGGUAUUGGCGAGUCGGGCCUGAUCCACCACUCCCAGAUGCGCUCCGUCGAGCUGCGAGUCAACGACCACGUGGAGGUGGAGGUUAUCAAAGUCGAGCAAAAGCCCAAAAAGACCGACAUCGGCCUCAGACUGCUGCACAAGAUCGAGGGGAAGCAGCUGAAGCGGGGCUGACUUAGGCUGUGAUUCUCAGGCAAACUGUGAUUCUCAGGCAGUGAGGGGGAGUGUUUGUCUGCUGUUUACAGUUGUGACGUGUGAAUUGUGAGUUUUCCGCAGUGGGGUGCGGAUUAUGAAGCUGUUGCGAUUUCUCGACCAGUGGGCGAUUUUUGUUCCGCCGUUAUUUUUGCACUCAAAAUGUGUCCAGAAUAUAGAGACAUGCUGUUAA